AUGAGUACUAAAGUUAAUCAAAUAUCAGAUACUAAAGUUAAACAAAUAUCAGAUACUAAAGUUAAACAAAUAUCAGAUACUAAACUUAAACAAAUAUCAGAUACUAAAGUUAAACAAAUAUCAGAUACUAAAGUUAAUCAAAUAUCAGAUACUAAAGUUAAACAAAUAUCAGAUACUAAACUUAAACAAAUAUCAGAUACUAAAGUUAAACAAAUAUCAGAUACUAAAGUCUACUUUUCAGAGGGGACCCCGCCUAUUGCUAGCACCUUAUUCCACCACGUCUACUAUUACGUCUUCCACCAUGUCUACCUCCACGUCAACCACUACGUUUACCAGCACGUCUACCACUACCUCAAUCACAACGUCUACCAGCACGUCAACCACAACGUCUACCAGCACGUCGGCCACUACGUCAACCACAACGUCUAUCAGCACUUCUACCACUACGUCAACCACAACGUCUACCACUACGUCAACCACAACGUCUACCACUACGUCAACCACAACGUCUACCAGCACGUCAACCCCAACGUCUACCACACGUCUACCACUACGUCAACCACAACGUCUAACAGCACAUCUACCACAACGUCUACCAGCACGUCUACCAGCACGUCUACCACUACAUCAACCACAACGUCAACCACAAUGUCUACUAGCACGUCUACCAGCACCUCUACCACAACGUCUACCACAACAUCUACCAGCACCAGGCAUAUAAAUCCUCUCACUCCACUUUCCUCAUCACAUUUUUAA